GUUUUCUCAGUAUGGUGGAAGAUAAACGACUGUUUAACUAAGUAUACGAAAGAAUGGGAUUCCGGGAAUACUUCGUAGGGAUAUGGCGCGGGGUCUUGGGAGGUCUGAGAUUUUGCGGGGGAGGACUUUUGGAUCAUGGUAUACGGAGAAUACUAUCAGGCCGUACACCAGCUGGCCGAGACAAUAUUGCUGAAAAUCAAGCACAUCCAUCAAAUGGAGCAAGCUCCUCACAACCAGGAAUAAACUUGGACCAACCGCGGCACCAAACUAGGAACGAAGAAAAUGGGUAUAUCUUGAGAGCUGUGUUUGACUUUUUAUGGGAUCAUGGUGUGGGAAUAUUGAGAAUACUGUUUGGAGUUUCACAAAAAAUUGACGACGGAGCGCAAGCUCCGGCACCAAUUGAAGCAUCUUCGUCUCAACAAAGUAGAAACUCGGACCAACCGAUUCGUCAACGACUGUCUGAAUCGAAUGAGCAGCCUCAAGCAUCAAAUGAAGCGUCUUCUUCAACAUCAGGAAGAAACACAGACCAUGAACAUCCUCGGCCAUCGAAUGCAGAACAUAUGCCCCCUCGAAAACAUCCACCCAAUUUCGAGAUUUCUGGUGGCGAUUUCUAUCAAUCGCCUAUAGGUUCUGGUGAUGUAAUUUAUAAUAACAAUUCCACCAAAAAGGAAGGAAAGGAUUCGAAAUAAGAGAGAUUCGGCGUCUGAUUUGAGGAAGGUGUGGCGAACCACUUAACUGAUAGCCGUUAUGAGUCACAAUUGUUUUGUUUAUGUUUUUGUCACGCAUGAUUACUUGCGUGCUUUUCUUACGAUAACUUGUCAUUCUGUUUUCUGUUCGCUUGUCGUUAACAUUGCUUUGUUAUGGAUUAAACAUCAACAUAAUUGAAAGUCUUUUUCUUGUUAGAAAGAAGUUAGUUCGCUUCAAAGGUAUAUCCACACCAGCGGUAUUGAUCUAUACUGCAAAUACUGAGCUUAUUAACCAAACUUCAUCUAGUGAAAUUGUUUCCUAAAAUAAUAUCUUUUUGCAUACUAACACACAUAUAUUUCU